UUAACAGCUGCCUUAUGAUUACCCAGGAGAGGGUGAGAUGUUGUUUGCUAAAUGAUUAUCAGGUGAGUCGACCUUCUUUAAGGCAGGUGAGAGAGGCACUUCCUAAACAGACAGCUUUUCACUCAGGGUUUGCACGGAGGAGAGGAGGCUGAGUUCGGCGCUGAGGAGCUGUGGAAGGAGUGGGAUGUGCUUGCUAAGCUAUAGAAACAGAUGCAUCAUUUGAGAGUGUGCUGGAUUUGGAGAACUUGUAACUAAGGCCAUACCCUGCAGUGCUUACUGAAGCAAAAUUCUAAUUGACUCCAGUGGGAGGUUUACUGAAGUAAGAACAGUGAAGAGAUGAAGAGGCACAAGCAGAGGAUGAAAGGUGGAGAAUGCUUUCCAAAUCAUGAGAGAAAGUCCAUCGUUGCGGUGAGUUUCGUUGCAGCAUUCCUCUGUCUGAUCAUCGUUCGUCUUACCAAUGAAGUAACUUUCCCUUUGAUCCUAAACUGCUUUGGACAAGCCAGUGUCAAAUGGAUACCAUUUUCUAAUGGUCAAAGGCAGCCUCUGAGAACUCAUUAUGGAUAUAUAAAUGUGAAAACACAAGAGCCUCUACAACUUGACUGUGACCUUUGUGCCGUUGUUUCAAAUUCGGGACAGAUGGCUGGCCAGAAGGUGGGAGCUGAGAUAGACAGGUCCUCCUGCAUAUGGAGAAUGAACAAUGCUCCCACAAAGGGCUAUGAAGAGGAUGUUGGGAAGAGGACAACCGUAAGAGUUGUCUCUCACACAAGUGUGCCUCUCCUGCUCAAGAACCCCGAGUACUUUUUCAAAGAAACCAACAGCACCGUGUAUGUGAUCUGGGGACCCUUUCGAAACAUGAGGAAGGAUGGAAAUGGCAUUGUCUACAACAUGCUGAAAAAAACUGUUGACAGCUACCCAGCUGCCAAAAUCUAUGUGACAACAGAAAAGCGCAUGAGUUACUGCGAUGCCGUGUUUAAAAAGGAGACGGGGAAAGACCGAGUCCAGUCGGGUUCAUAUCUCAGUACGGGCUGGUUUACCUUAAUUUUGGCUAUGGAUGCCUGCUAUGGAGUUCACGUCUAUGGGAUGAUAAAUGACACCUAUUGCAAGUCAGAAGGUUUUCGUAAAGUUCCCUACCACUAUUACGAGCCAGGAAGAGAUGAGUGUGAGGAAUACUUCCUGCAUGAGAAUGCUCCAUAUGGAGGCCACAGGUUUAUCACGGAAAAGAAAGUAUUUGCUAAAUGGGCCAAGAAGCACACAAUAAUAUUUACACACCCCAACUGGACAGUGUCUUGAUACUGGUUUUGUUAACUCUCCUUUAACAGCAUAUUACAAGAAUGUCUCAGUUUACAGUAAUUUUGCUUACAUCUGGCUGGCCUUUCUCAGCCUGGGUAACACUAAACUAAAAUCUAGAAGACAAAGAGGAUGAUGGUUUGGCUGUUAAGCAAAAUUAAUCAUCUGUGGAAGGCAGACACAUUGUUUGUUAUUUCUUAGGGGUUUAUUCCACACAAUGCACUUUAUACUUUAACUGGAUUUUUACUUCAAGGCAGUAGCAGUCAAAGAGAGAUGAGAUUUCCUGUAUAUACAGGUGCACACCAAGAACAUGGUGGUUCCUUAAAGCUUGUCCAUCACUUUAUUAACAUAAUUAUUUAUAGCUCAUUUGCAGUCCUGCAGCCCUAUUUGUGGCCUAUUUGUAGAAAUUGUCUACAAAAGAAAUAUAAGGAAAAAUAAAGACCUCCAAGGUCUAUGAAUUAGUAAAUUAAAAACUCCACCUAAAUACAUUAGAUGUAGGUGAGCACUUGCCUAUACAGUCAAAUCAGAGAUGAGCUAUACAUGGUUCUCGAACUGUACAUAACUCUUGCAUGAGAAGGUAUUAUUUACUGAAGGUUCCAAAUUAACUCCUAACUUCUGAAAUGCAGCUUCCUUCUACCCUGGUCCAGUUGCACCAGCUUGGAUGACGUUUUUUCUACUUUUUGAGGUCAUUGUCCCACAGUUUAGCUUCAGCAGUAUGGCACUUAGCAAAGACUGUUUUGCAGCCCAUGCUGAACAUUUGGCUGUGGUACCUAGCUUGCUGUCAGUGCCCAAACUGGUAGGUGUGAAGUUGUCUCAUGAGAAUCUUCAUUUACUCCACUUGUGCCUUUGAGUUGUUUCGACAUCCAAACCCUAGUGUUUUGACAUGUAUUUCUCAUGCAGCCAUACUUUAUUUCAGAUCUCCAGUUUCUCCAUCUUUAAAAAGGGAUAGUAUCUACCUCACAAGGGAACUGUGAGGGUUAAUUUAAGUCUACAAAGCACUUUCCUGAUGAGAAAUGCUACAGAGCAUUUAUUCUUAACACAGAAACAGUGGUAUCUGUCAUUUACUCUUGUCUGUUGGGUAUUUGAAGAAAGUGACAGCAUGUCUGGAUCUGAUGGCGAAUUGUUCUGUGCAUCUGCUUUCCUACUGAGAACAAUUUGUAGUACUGAGUUCUCUCAGCUUGCAUUGCUUCAGAUGGAGUUGAAAGGACUCACUGCCUCGCAGUAUUAUCUGCACAUCAAGAGGCAGCUCAAGAAUUUUAAAGUAUACUCAUCUCUAGUUGAAACACAUAUUUCCAAGCUUACUGCCAUGGAAAGUUUUCAACUGCAGCAGGCUCAUGUGUAAGAUGACCAUCGUUCAACUACACACAUGAGCUUCAUUUAAACUGUAUUUAAAUUGAUGAAAUGUGUCCUGUGAAUAUUUUAACAUCUGGAAUGUCAGAUUCAACACUGUAAUAGCCAAUACUGUGAACACUUGAAAGAACGAUGUGUGGAACAUGACACACAGGGUUUACUCACACUACUUUAACCAACAGGAAACUUUGUAUGCUUUUGUAAAUCAUCAAAAGGGGAAAACAAAAAGCUAUUUUUACAUGUAAGUAUUUGUAUACUGACUAUUUCCUAUUGUAUAUUUGUAUAUAUAAAUCUAUAUUUUAUAUGUUUGUGGCAUAUAUAUUCUCUCAUCAGCAGCUGCAACUCUUAGGAUGGAGAGGAAAUUUCUUCACCAUGGUUCCUCCUCCUGAUCAUUGUUAUGUUGUUCUUGUUGGUAGGUGAUGCCAGGGUGUCAUCUCUCUUACCUCUUCUAUUUUCUACAGCAAGUGUAGCUCCCUGAUUUUAUUUUUAUUGUAGCUCAGCUUUUCACUGCUUACUUUGGUGCUGUCAGUGUUCAUGAUGGCUUUCAGACAAAGGCUGUGGCCAUACUUACAACCCCAGAUAAAAGUCUGUAUUCAGAUACAGGCUUCUUGCAUGACUUGGUGUCUCACUUUAUUUUUUGGAACAGAACAGUAAUAUUUUCCUACUCCCUGUCCUGAUUGAUUUCUUGUAAGCUCUUGAGACUGGUAUUCUCAUUUGCAAUGUAUUUGUAUAAUGCCUUGCAGAAGCGGUGCCCAAAUUAUCUGAAGCCUUCAGACAACACUAUAAUAUGCAAAUAAUUUAAAGUGGCUGCUUUUUGUCCCUGGGGUUCAAAAUUGAUUGUAGGCUAAUAUAGCAUGGGACAAAAUCAAGAGGGGGAAAGGUCAUAAAUGAAGAACUGUAGUAGCCAAAAACUAUGAGCUAAAUUUAUUGCCAUGUGCACCUUUUGAGUUCAGAUGGAUGGCUGGAGAGACAGAAAGCUAAUAAAUUUGUGAUGCAGGAUUUAAAGAAUGCAGGACUAGGGGGAGUGUUCCACACGUAGUGUACAGGGCAUCUUGGGACAAAAAGGUAGCUUCCAUGCAGGAAGGAGAGCUGAAAGAAGUCAGGUUAAACUUGUACUUAGAAGGGUUUUGGAUUAACAAAAAGUUGCUAUGAAAGUGCUGUACACACAAAUGCAGUUAGGCUGGACAGACUUACAUGAGAGGUGUUCUCACGAAGCACAGUCUUUCUCCUGAAUGAACGGAGUGUAGGGUUCUGCUCAGACUGAGUUCAUGUGCAUGUUAGUUUUUAAGCCUGAGAAAGUUUUUAGGAUAAUUAAGACUUUCAAAAUCACCAUGAAUCUGCCAUAAAAUAAACUGCUUCAUACUGAAGCUCUUUGUAAAGUGCUUGCAUGCUGUAUGAAACACCUCAUGCAAAGGCUAGCUACAGAAAACACAGCUCUAAGAACAGCUAAAUGUACAGCAAAAUUGAGAUUGUCAUUAGAGUGUAGCUGUCACAGAGCAAAGUGUUGCUCUCUGCUUGAAUUUGUAGUAGGAGCAGAACCACUUUUAGAAACAUUGCAGCAGGCUUCAUUCACACCAGAGUAAAUGAACAUCAGUUCCAUUAUUUAGAUGAGCCUGUCCUUCGCAUAAAAUAAACACAUAUUUGCAUGAUUUUCAUUAUAUGAAUAAGAAACUGUGACCACUGUGUUAAAGAUGAUUUUACAAAAUCUCUUUAAACUCCACACUGCAACACUGAAGAAAGAAUCUUAGUCCUUGGGUGUGUAGUAAGAGACCUUGAUGAUUCACCUUCUGAGGGCAGUUAAGACAUCAGCUGAGAAUCAUUUAUUAAUUCUUUAAAGUAAAGCCUACUACAGUUUACCUGAAUGUAAUCAGGUCCUAAUUGCUUAUUCACUUGAGCAGUCCUAUUUUAAUCAACUACUCAUGUGUAUAAAACAAGCAGGGAGUUUACCUGAGGUUUUCAAAAUAGUUCUUCAUGUUAUUGCUAAUAGAGGAGUAGUCACAAAUAACUUGGCUUUUUUUUUUUUCCCAUCAGUUAGCUAAAUAGUCACCAAAUGUUUUCUCUUCUAUUUUUACCAGCUUUUUAAAAUAUAUUUUCCAAAGGAAAAAAAAAUAUAUAAUUAGGCUAGCUGUAGGUUUGCUUUUAAUAAAUGUUUAAUUUUUAAUACACAUUAUGUUUUAUGUUAUGCUAUCUUCUGGUUUAAUAUUUUUUAAGGGGGAAAAAAAGUUUUAAAUAGCAGAAAUUUUCACAAGGUAAAAAAAAAAAAAACCUUUUUGAUUGGCUAAUUACUGAUUCACAGGUAAUUAACUGAACAAUAUUUUUUAAAAAUGGGUUUUGUUUUUCCAAACAGACACAGCAGAUAGAUCCCAACAUUUUCAUCCCCACUAGAUGUCCAGAUCACAUCCCUCUGCUUAUACUAAGGCCUCUUCACAAAGAGGAAAAAAGCAGUUUAUAUACCCAACCAAAUUCCCUUUCCAUCUGGGUUGGGAGGCUCCAUCUGCAGACUGCUCGUAUCAGUUACAUCAGUUAGCAGGAAGGACUGAGGAAGAGCUCUACAUAGGAGCAGAUGGUCUUCCAGCUUCUUUAAAAUGCUCAUAAAAGUGCUCUAAGAGAGGAUUAACCAUUGAUCUCUCCUGGAAGUACUUUAGCAAAGUUUCUACAAAUGCCUUUAGCUCCUGUGUAGAACAAUUGUCCCAUUCUUUCCAGUAGGAAUUAGUAGCAAUGGCUAAACAUGCCCUUUACAGGGAAAAGCAUAGGUAGAUUUUGUGUGCUGAAAGGUUUCUGUAUGAGCAACACCAGAGAUGAAGAAGACAGCCUGACUCAAAUUAUCUGAAGAUUCACUGAUUUAGGAGUCUCUGAGGGCUCAAUUCAAAACUAAUGGAAAUCACUUAGCAAGCUCAUGAGUACACCACCCACCCCAGUAGCACUCCUGGGUGCUAAAGCAAGCAGUGUUUUGUUUGAGAAGUGCCACCUGCAGGCAGUGCUUUGCCUAGUUAAUGAAGAGGAGCACUUGAGGGCUGGGGCAGGUGGUCUUUUUCCCACCUGCUUCAUGGGCUGGCCAAAGUAGGACCAGACACAAGGACAGCUAUAGCAGAGCAGAGAUACUCAACCAGAGGAUAUGUCCAGGUAAGUAAGAAUUAAACAAUUAAUCACUUGUGGUUUAUAACUGGAUUAUGCCUUCAGUAAGUAGCAAAUCAGAAGCACUUUGCAUAUUAAUGCUUUUUCAGCAUGCGUUUCAGACAUAGCAUACAUCUUCAGUUGUGCUCAAGGAGGUCUGGGGUUUGUUUAUUAUAAGUCUUAAAGUACCUGAAACAAUAAAACUCUGUGUUAGUGCCAAAGGAUUGGUCACCCAGGAGCUGUCUGUGGACACUGUGGUGUGCUGUAUACAACAGCAAGCAGUGUGUUACCGAGAAGGCCUGGUUUUCCUGGCCGGGCAUAGCUCUUGUGAGGAGAAAGUGUUUCGUUUUCAGCACUUGUGUCUUAUUCUCUUCUUUCUUUCCUGAGAGGAUGCAAAGGAAUGUGAGUUAACCUAGAGGAGUGAAGAAUGACAUGGUGGUUAGCCAGCUAUCAGGUUCUUUUUCUGGUCUUCUCUUUCGGCUGUUGUUGUGAGGUGUAGCUAAUGACAUGGAGAAAAGCUUCUCGUAAACCUCCUGUCGCGUAAUCUCCUGAAGUCUCCUGUGUCUGUUCGGAGUGGCAGUUUUCUAGGCAAACCCUUCAGAAAAGGGCUGAAGAAGUGAGAGAGGGUCCCUCAGCACUGAAACAGGGCUGCUGUGAAAGCCAUCAUAAACUGUAUGGCGUAUUUGGGUCUGCUCCCCCAGCUUUUAUAGACUCCCACCACAGUGACAGCUUAGAGCCCUUUCCAGCCCCACUGGAUGAAGUGCAUUCUCCAGCUAAAUUAUGCAGCCUGUGAGCUGCACAGAAUAUGCCACAUCCUCUGCUUCUGCAGGUCUAGGAGAGUGGUGAUGCUAACCUGGGGCUGAGGAGUGAUGUUUGUUGGAGCAGGGGCACUUGUGAUCUUCCUUGUGUCAGUCUCACCUCAUGUGCUGAACUUGGUGUCUUUGAAUGUGGUGGGAACGAUACCACUGGGUUUGGUUACUACUUUCAUGACUGAUUCACAGAAUCACCACUUUACAGGUAUCUUAAACAGCUGAUUUCAUGUCUUUUUUUUGUAUUGCUUGCUGCUGUUUCUGUGUUUUCCACAAGAUACACAGCUGUCAGCAUCUGCCACUGCUGUUCUGAUUUACUGGCCCUAAAGAGACUGUAAACUUGAACUAAUGCAUGUUCUUACCAUGUAUUAUGCAUGAUAGCAUGUUACACAUUUUAUUCUGGCACUAUAAUAAAUAAUGUAAGUUAUGUGUAAACUAA